UGUUGGCAGGUACCACUUCAGUUCACAUCAUCCUCUGCCCUGCUCAAGGAGGAGGGGCUGCAGCCCUGACCCUCAUGAGGACAAUGUCACUCAUGCUGCUGUUCUUGGCUCUCAACUUCUUCUCCUCAGUUCACGUAACAGAAAACAAGAUUUUGGUGAAGCAGUCACCCAUGCUUGUGGUGGAUAACAAUGACGUCACCCUCAGCUGCAGGUAUUCUCACAACCUCCUUUCAAAGGAGUUCCGGGCAUCCCUGUACAAGGGAGUGAACAGUGAUGUGGAAGUCUGUGUUGUGAAUGGGAAUUUCUCCUAUCAGCUUCAGUUUCACUCAAAUGUGGGCUUCAACUGUGACGGGAAUCUGGACAAUGAAACGGUGACAUUCUACCUCCGGAAUCUGCACGUUAAUCAAACAGACAUUUACUUCUGCAGAAUUGAGGUCAUGUAUCCUCCUCCUUACCUAGACAAUGAGAAGAGCAAUGGAACUAUUAUUCACGUGAAAGAGAAACAUCUUUGUCCUGAUCAGGCAACUCCUACGCUGUUGUGGGCAUUGGUCGGGGCUGCUGGAGUCCUGCUUCUUUAUGGCUUGGUAGUGACAGUGGCUCUUUGCGUUAUCUGGAAAAAUAGCAAAAGGAACAGACUCCUUCAGAGUGACUACAUGAACAUGACACCUCGGAGACUCGGGCCCACGCGCAAGCAUUACCAGCCCUACGCUCCUGCGAGAGACUUUGCAGCCUACAGCCCCUGACAGGGACCCCUAUCCAGAAGCCAGCCGGCUGGUGCCCCUCUACCUGCUCAACACCAGUGCUCUGGAUAGGAAAGGACAGUCUCGUUUUCAGCCGGCCACUUGGGACCUCUACUGGGCCACCUUUGUUAAUAGUUUCAGAGCAUCUUGAUCUGACAUCACGAUCUUCUUGAGACUCUGGAAUGAAUUUAAAGAAACUUCCACGACAGGUUAAAUUCUGCAUGCCUUGACCCAAACUCAAGCUUAGUAUAUUUAUCGACUUGAUUGAGAAGUUAGAGUAGAGAAAACAAGAAGCUAGAGGAUUCAUUCUGCCUUGGAAGCCAAUUUCCAGGAUGUCCCUGGUUGCUUUCUCACUUACUGGCAUGUGUGUGACUUUCAGUCGUGUGAAGUGUGGUAGCUAAAGAUGUUUAGAUGGAGUAGAAGGCUAGAACAGCCUUCUCUUUGGCUAAGUUGGUGUUUAGAGUGGGUAUAGGUUAGAGUUACAGAGUACAGUACUUACAUAUUUGAAAAGAAUUAAAACACUGUUUCCCACUCAUGAAAUGAGCCACUUAGUUCCUGUUUAGUGUUUUCUUGUUAGUUUAGAAAGCUGUGGACAUGUUUUUAAUGAACUGUGAUCAUUUUAAAUCACUUUGACCCAUGGAAUGCCCUCAAAGCACCCCCAGGACUUGCUUUCCUCAUUUCCUGUCUUGGGAAUUCAGUAUUAUUAAUAGUCACAACAUGAUUUCAGAACUAAAUAGCCCCCACCCCAGGAAGAAUGUGAGAGGAAAUAAGGUCAAUAUAUAUACAAAUAUAUCUGAAUGCUAUGAAGGAUUACUUGUUUAGUAGCUUGUUAUAGGCAAAUCAUUUUAAGUUUCAACUUCCCAGAGUUGGUUUCCUUGUUGUCCUUAUGGGUAUCUGCAGUGGAAUACUGAAAUUGCAUCUAUAUAGCACUAGUCAUGAUACUGUGAAAAAGAGGGUGUUAGCAUUGAGUAGGUGACCAGGAUGAGUUCCUGGGAGCUUUCUCUGAAGAAGGGGAUGAGGCAACUCUUGACAUAUACUAAAGAGGUGGAUAUUUUCCAGACAGCAUCUUAGGGAGCCCCAGUGUAAGUUCUUUUAGACUCUAAGGUUUAGAGGGACUGUUUUUAGCUCUAGGGCUCAGAGUUUCAGGAUUUUGUGAGCUCAGCUGCUUUGUACCCUGUGGAUUCACUGGCAUGAAAAAUCAUUUUGUAGUGUGUCUUUAGGAACAACAUUGAAGUUCUCAAGAGAUCCUGCAAGGCCUGAUACUGGAAUGAAUAUGAACCUUUUUUUCUUUGCUUCCAGUUUGGGCCAAUUGGAAUAGAUCUGGGAACCUUAAAGAAUGAGUCUACAGAAAUCUUUGCCAUUUUUUUAGUGCUUUGAACUAUUCAGAGGUUUUAGAGGCAGGAGGACCUGCCAUUACUAGUUGAAUGACCAUAGGCAAGUCACUGUUUAUCUAAGGCUAUGAUUUCUCAACUGUAAAAUGAAGAUAAAGAAACUUGCUGUGAUCCCCCUGCCUCUGACUCCCAAGUGCUGGGAUUACAUGAGUGCACAAUCAUGCCCAGCUUGUAACAAAUUUGAAUUCAUGAGGAUCUCUCAGCUUCAAUAAUUUUCUAAACAAUUGCAAUAGUUUAUCUUGUAAUCAAACAUAAGGCAUUUGCCCCUACUGUUGUUUUUGUGUAUAAAGAGGUCUUUAAACUUUUUUUUAAUAUGAGAAGGAGGAAGGGAUGGGACUCUUUUAAUUCUAGACAGACGAUAUCAUUCUCAGAUAGUUUUUUUUAAUUGGCUUACACUCUGUGCCUUUAAUUAAACCAGUGAAGGCCAAGAUCAGUCCAACUUGUGUGUUGAAAGAUGGCUGAUCCUGGCACUUGUGAUUGCAGCCAGCCUUUUGACAUGUAUAGUUCUUGAAUUGCAGUUGUAAAAUUACAUUUGAAAAAUGAUGUCACUGGAGAGUUUUUAGAAAGGGCAAUAGCAAAUAACAAACACUUUUUUUUUAAUGGAAAGAUUUGAUCUUUGGUAAUCAAUAACUUUAUUUUCUAACUGGAAAAGGAGGGUUACUGAAGAUGAAUCACAUCUGAGAUUUUUCAUAUCUACUCUGAACAGAACCAAUGCAUAGGAGUCAUGGGUGUUUCACUAUUGGUAUGAUCCAACAAAUGCUUUAAAAAACACUGGUUUAGAGUAAUGUUUUUGCCCUUUCAGAUGUAAUAUGUAUGAAGAAAACUGUGUCACUUGCUGCUAUUAUUGUAAGAGUCUUGGAGUUAAAGGUGUGCCUGAAGGUUUUAAUUGUGAGCGCACCUAUUUGGGACUGAGCAUGCCAAUUUAAAGAGACCGAGUGUAUCUUAUAUCUGCAUCCAAUGAUAAAAUUACUACACUAACAUGUGCCUGUUUUAAACUUGUGCUUUAAUGUUGUCCUCAGGAUGGUUGGCAAGGAAUCCGAAGAUAUUUUGCUAUUUGAAAGAGUGUAUCAUGAGUCUUUUUACAUCUCUGUAUUCUCUCUCUCUCUUGUGUGUGUCUCCCCGCUCCACUGACUCUCUCUCUCUCUCUCUCUCUCUCUCUCUCUCUCUCUCUCUCUCUCUCUCUCUCUCAUUUGUAUGCCUCCCCAUCCCCUGACUCUGCCUCUAUUUCUCUCUCCAGAUUUUCAAACAUUGGUUUCUCUUGAAAGAAAUACAACUAGUGGUUUCUUUGCUUGGCUUCAGUAGCAGUUUAUCAAUCGGCCAAUGUUUCCCAUCCCUUGAGAUAUCAGGCUGACUUUAUCCAUGUGCCCUGUCUGAUAUGUCUGCUAUGGGACAGCUAUAGCUCAACUGAGCCUUCCAUCAUUUAGUUCUUCAAUCAUUUAGUCAACUAACUGAGCCACUAAUUUGCAUGGCUAUUCUAAUAGGCUUACUGAUGGUCAGAUGGUUGUCUGAUCCCUCACCCCAGUCUCUGUACUGCCAUGUGGGAACUCCAGUGGACUUACAUUAUCUCCUAUAAAUGUUAAGUUCAACUACAUGAGAUGGGCCUGAAAGCACAGUACUCACUUCCAAUUAGUCACCAUGAACCCAGGUAAAACACAAUGGCAUGGAUUCUUUCAGGACUUAGCUGACUGAGUUUGUGCUAUUUGCAAGACCAGAUGAAGCUUAAAUCAAUCUCUCACUGAUAUGUUAAUGCAAAUAUCAAAGGCUUGUUCCCUUAUCAGGGACUUUACACAUACUCUUUUCUCUGUCUAGAAUGUUAUUUCCUAGAUAUCUACUUAGUUUGCUCUUACUUCCUUGACACAUUGGCUUAAAUGUUACUUUCAGCUGUAGUUAAUUACCUUUAUAACUUGUCUUCUCACCUUGUUUAUUUUCUCUAUAACAUGUUACCAUCUCAUAUACUAGAUAUUUUCCUUAUUUAUUGGUUUACUGAUUAUUUUUCUAAUCUAGACUGGAUCUCCAUAGGGAAAGAACUCCAUUUGCUUUUUUUUCUGUAUUUCCAGUGCCUAGAAUAAUGUGUAGCAUGCAAUAAGUAUUUAUUGGCUGAAUAAAUGGAUUUCACAUGG